AUGGCGUCCAACGAAGAAGGCAGGAUGAGCGUCUCCCGAUGGUCCGAACUUCUACCUGACGAACUCUUGGACCUCAUCGUCAAGAAGCUCACCCGCGCCUCCGACUACCUCCGCUUCCGCUGCGUCUGCAAGUCCUGGCGCUCCGUCGCCAAACCCACCAAUCUUUCCCCUCACCUCCCUCUCCUCAUGCUCCGCUACCACCCCUCCACCGAUCGCCGUUCCGUUCUCAGCGUAUCCGCCCGGCAGAUCCGCACUCUCUCCAUUCCCGAACUCGUCAACAAAGUAAUCCUCGCCGCCUCCCGCGGUUGGCUUCUUCUGCUCGACGUCGCCCCCGCGGACGGACGUCUUUUCUUGCUGAACCCCCUCACCGGAUCCGAAAUCCAGCUCCCUCCAACCGAUGGUUUCAUCCACCAGCCCGGCUGCGAAUUCUCUCCGGUCCAUCGGAAUUUUCUGAGAACCAGUCCUGGCAUAGACUCCACCUUGGAUCUACUCCAGUACUCGCGCAUUUUCCCGUGGCGAGCUUUCUUGCUUUCGAGCCCGAACAAGGAUUGCAUGGUAGUGAAUCUAGUGAUCGCCGAGUGCUAUCGUUACCACGGUCAUGUCGCCUUCUGUAAAUUGGGAGAUGAAUCAUGGACUCUGUCGAAUACUGGUUUAUUCGGCUCGCCCCUCUAUAUGGCGCACCAUGAGGGGAGCCCCUAUAUGACUGACUUGGAUGACAAUACUUUGGUUUGUGAAUUUGCUCCCCCUUUGGGCCCUUUGUCGAUCGAUUUGCCAGAUAUUGACAUCGUGGACUUGACUAUCUGCUUUUCAUCACAACAUUUUCACAGCCGUUAUUGCUUGCUUGUUAUAGUAUAG